CAGGAGAUUAGUGUUGAGAAGCGCUUCUGUGGGUGUCACACUUUCCAGUCCCUGAAGUCGAGGUCAGCGUCAUCCUGGCCUUGGCUCAAGAACAUCUUCAUUCUGGCAGCUUGGCAAAAUUCCCCAAUAUAAUGAACCCAACAUGGCAUGUCAUUGCCAUGGGUUUGUUUUGUAGCUUCCUGGGACAUGGCGGAGCAGCUGGUGUUGUUGUAUUCCAUAUCACCAUGAAAGUACGGAAGCUUUCUGAGGGACUCGUCGUGAUGGUGGAGCCUCAGGAUCUUGUGUGAGGAAGUGUAAGAAACCCCACCUCCAUGGGUGCAGGUUCUGUGCUGCCCUCAACUGCUUGCAGCUGGCCAUGAUCCAGGCGAGAUCGAGAUUGAGUUGCGAUUAGGUGCAGCUGUCGCACAUUGUGAUUCGUGCUGGAAAGUGUUUUCGGGUCAGAGUGAGUUGGGCGGAAAGUUUUAUUGACCUUUAUUGAGUAGGGGAAAAUGGUGGCGCUGGAGCAGGAGUGAACAAGGAGUCGUUGCGUAGCGAUCGAGUUUGUGUUGGUUUUGUUUGUUUCGUUGGAGUUUCUGGGAGUUUUUGGUGAUGGUGGAAAUAGCUGCAUCUGAAUUUGGGUUAAAUGCAGCAUGAGCUGACGCUGGGAAGUUUUCAGACCAAGAACUUUUUAUUUUUAUUUUGAUAUGUUUUUGUUGAGUUUGGAAGGGGAUAGCUACGUGUUUAGAAGUGAGCAAUAAGAGAGACCAAUGAUUCAUGUGCCUGGAUGAAGCUUAGAUGCAUAGUGGAGUGGCCAAAGAAACUCUUUUUCUUUGCCUAUUGAGGCUCUUAGAAAAUUUGAAGGUCGGGCUCGUUAGGGAGAUCUUUGCAUCAGAUAUCUCUGGAAUUACCACGGAUGCAAGGAUCCUAGUAAUGGCAACAGGAGGAGACUUUAAUAAUCCUUCUGCUGUAGGUGAGUCCAUGGAGUCGGGAGUUGCAGAUGCAGGACAUGGUCACAUCGAAAAAGAGUCACCAACUGCGCGUGGAGGAAGUUGGGAAAUAAUGCGCUUGAUGCCUUCAUCGCUGUGGCAGGGGAAUUCUGUAUUCAAUUCAUGGCUUGUGGCCUCAGCUGCCCAGAAAAGUACAAUACAGAAAAGAAUCAAAUAGGAGGACUAAUAUAAAAGCUGGAGCCAGCUUGUGAUUUUGGAGAUCUCUAUAUCUAAUUCCUAAAAUCAUGCCAUUCAGAUUGGUCAAGUGCUGCUAACCUUGCCAUAUUCCAUGUCGCAAAUGGGUUAUGCUUACGGUGCGUCCGCUUUGAUUCUUUACGGAGCUUUGGGCGCUUGGUCCGUAUAUUUACUUGUGUGGCUUUACUUGGAGUUCAAAGCUCGAACAGAAUUGCAAGGCAAAGUUCGUGCUGAAGGACAUAUUCUUCAGUAUCAUGAAGUGAUCGGAGGUCUAAUUGGGAGAUGGGGUGGCAAAACCACCUAUUUCUUUGUCAUUUUAUCAUUAGCCAUUGCAUCUGUCAUUCAACUUAUUGCGUCUUCCAGCGACCUUUAUUAUGCAAAUUCAAAUCUGAACAAGCGAGAGUGGCAAUAUAUCGUGGGAGCAGUGGCCUUUCUAGCUGUCUUUGUUCCUGACUAUGCUCAUUUCCGCUCAGGCGUUGCGAUUGGCAUCUUAACAACUACCAUCACAUCUCUCUACAUGUUCAUUGCUGCCCUCUCCGUUGGGCAGGUAGCUGGGAUCAGACAUACAGGUGGAGUUUCAGACAAGGUGGAGUUUCUGACGGGUGCAACUAAUAUCCUAUUUGCUUUUGGAGGGCAUGGCAUCACUAUAGAGAUUUUGGAGUCGAUGAAGAGACCAUCGAGAUUCAAAUUUGUGUACUUAGCAGUGUGCUUUUACACGCUGUGUAUCACAUUACCAAGUACUGUUGCAGUGUACUGGGCGUAUGGUGAUAUCCUGUUGAAACGUUCCAACGCUUUUUCUGUUCUUCCUCCAAGUCGUUGGCGGACAGUUGCCAUUUUAUCUAUGGUUGUGCACCAAGCAAUGGGAUUCGUCGUCUUUACCCAUCCUGUCUUCCUCGUCUGCGAGAAGGCAGUGGGAGUGCACACGAAGUCGAUCUUACGAAGAGUUUUAGUUCGGCUACCUAUUGUGGCUAUAAUGUGGUUUCUAGCCUUAGCUGUUCCCUUCUUUGGCCCGAUCAAUUCAGUUAUGGGGGCACUCUUGGUAACAUCAUCAGUGUACAUUAUCCCGUUAGCUGCGUUUAUCAUCACUUACAGUACUAAAUCAGCUCGCCAGAAUUCAGCCGUUCAGCUGCCUCUAUUCCUACCCAGCUGGUCAUUUGUGUUUUUUGUGAAUGCAAUUAUCAUCUUGUGGAUUGUUAUUGUUGGGAUUGGGUUGGGAGGUUGGGCGAGCAUCACCAACUUUGUGAGACAGAUUAACACCUUCGGAUUUUUUGACGAGUGUUUCCAGUGUCCGUCAAAGUCUAAAUAGUGUUGCAAGCAGUUAGGUUUUCUCAACACUCCAGUUCCACUUCUUUAAUUGCUACUGUCAGACGUCACGUUAGGAUCUGAAGAUCUGUAAUCAUCAGUGCUUAGUGGGCAAAGAAGUUUAUGGUUGCUCUCUGAACGAAGUUAACUUCAACUUUCAGGACUCACAUCCCGCAACAGCUUUUCUUUGGUGUUCAGGUGCUAAUUUAUUAUGACAAAUUAGACAUUAGACCUGCCCUUUUUACAGGAAGCUGGAAUGAGUGUUCUAUUAUUGAAGUACUCAUAUCCUACUUGAAAGUAAACUAUGUGUACUCACUUGCCUCCAGCAACACACACAAGCGAAACGACAGCCAGAAUAUAACAAUCUAUCUUAACCCUUGAUAGUCACUUCACAGCACAAUAUUAAACCUCAGGUUCGGCAGGCUGAAUUUGAGCAUCCUUCGAUAAGGGAUUGCUCCACACGAUGACAAGGACGGCAAGAGUCUGACAACGGUAGGAGUUCGUGCAGAAACCUCAGGGUCCACACUAUAAUGUACUCUUCAUCCUACAACACCAAGUACACUCUUCUUCACAUCAGAUGGGUUCGGUUAUUCCCAAGGUUUUUGUUGUUCUGACGAUGAAAGGUGUUUUCUUGGUGUUAGAUGUAUUUACCUGAAUGCGACAAGGAUUGAAGUACUCCAGAUUAUUACUCUUAGUUAAAACACAGCGUACAUUUCAUUUUAUGACACUUAGUAAUCAGAAUGUGAGGACAACCUACCCCAAGAUUGAAGAAAAUUAUCCAGAACUUGACGUGCUUCACAAAGGUGCAAUCUUUGCUUACAUGAACAAAGUAUGGCUGCUGCGCGUCUGGUUAUUCGCACGCUAGUUUCGGGUCCAAGCUUGAGAGACAAAUCGAAAAUGCCUGUAUUAAAGAGCGUCAGUCUAUGUGCUAAAAGGGACUUGGAGCUUGCUGAGUAGGUUGCCGUGGUAUGAGGCAAAUGCAAUGCUAUUCUAAUUUAUAAAUAGUGAUGAGUAUUCUCGGAUA